AUGGCUCACGAAGAAGAAGAGCCCAAAAGGGUCGUCCAAUACCCAUUGGACUUGGAGUCGUACAAGAUUCUAGAUAAAGUUGGUGCUAGUCCUUGCGCUGUUGUUUACAAGGCCGUAUGCGUGCCCAUGAACUCCACGGUGGUGGCAAUCAAAGCCAUCAAUCUUGAUCAAGCAUGGUGGUGGCAAUCAAAGCCACCGCCUUUGUCCCACCCAAAUGUCCUCAACGCUCUCUGUUCCUUCACAGAUGAUCAACACCUUUGGUUGGUGAUGCCAUUCAUGUCCGCAGGUUCUUUACAAUCCAUAAUAUCUUCUUCCUUCCCAGACGGCCUAUCCGAGCCAUGCAUCGCCAUAAUUCUCAAACAAACUCUAACUGCCUUGUCCUUUCUUCACACCCAACAACACACUCACAGAGACAUCAAGCCCGGUAACAUCCUCAUUGACUCAAAUGGGUCCGUCAAGCUUUCCUUCUUUGGAUUGUUGGCCUCAAUCUACCAGGCUUUGAGAUCAACUCGUCAAGGAUGGUCCACAUUACUUGCAGACGCUCCGUAUUGGCGGGCCCCAGAGGUAAUACACUCCCAACAAGGGUACACUGUAAAGGCUGAUAUAUGGUCCUUUGGGAUCACUGCUUUAGAAUUGGCCCACGGACGCCCUCCUUUGUCGUCUUCAAAUCACAAUAAUUUCUCCAAGGCUUUCAAAGAAAUGGUGGCUUCGUGUCUCCAUCAAGACCCAUCAAAGAGGCCCUCGGCAGAGACAUUGUUGAAGCAUUCCUUCUUCGAGAAUUGCGGGGGUUUGGAUUUUCUUGUAAAGAAUGUCUUGCAGGGGCUGCCUAGUCUUGAACAAAGGUUCAAGGGAAGCAAGAUUAAUAUACAUGCGCCGCUGAGGAGCAAGAACAGAGAAGUGGGUGACUCCUCUUGCUCGUCUGGGAGGCAGAGUAUCGAACAGAGAAGGAUCAGCAGUUGGAGCUUCAACGAGGACGAGUUUGAACUCGACCCAGUGUACCCAACCGAUUCCACUGAUUCAGUUGUGAAAAAAGUUCGGUUUGGCGGUGAAACUAUAUUGAUGGAGACUGGCGAGUUAAUUCCGAGUUUAUCGCGUCAGGUGUUGGAAAAGGCGACCCAAGUGGAUUAUUACAGUGAGGCUAAGAAUAUAAUGAGUAAUAUUGAAGUCAUGGUGGAGACUCUGGUGACGUUGAUGAGGAGCUUGGAUGUGCAAAGGGCAACGGUGACCGCUGGGAUGGUUCAGUUGCGUGGGGAGGAAGGUGGGGAGGUGAGCAAUGAGGAGCUGAUGGCUCAGGUUAUUGAGAGGCAGAGGGUUGAGUUGGAGAAUGAGACAAAGAGCAUGUCCGAGUUGGAGAUGGAGUUACUUGUUCUCAAGCUUCAAGUCGGUUCAUAUGACGGUCGUAGUUGUGGUGCUGAUUGA